UUGUUCUGCUUCAGUUUGACUUCGACUGUCUGAAGAACAACAGCAAAUAGAGAGAGAGAGAGAGAUGAGGGUCCAUUGUCUGCUGCUGACGAUCGCCCUCAGCUGCUGCUGCUCUGCUGCAGAUCCUCCUGAUCCUCCUUCAAUCCGUCUCAACUCCGACUUUCUGCCAAACCAAACCGAGGUGGUUCUGACCGCUGGCUCCACCUUCACCCUCAGUUGUCACGGUAACAUUUCAGUUGGUUGGACCUUCACUGCGUUCAAUCUGUUGUACCGGGACGGACUGCAGAACCCGGUGGAGAUCAACAGAUCGAACCCCAGACACACUGGAACGUAUCGUUGUGGGUACAUCAACCAGAGCCUGGAACACCUGAACACCUGGAUACACCUGUAUGUCAAAGACCCAGCUGACCCCGACAGCGUCUUCGUCACACCUUAUCGUCUCCCUGAUGUCAAGGAGGGCCAGGACUUCCUGUUCAGGUGUCUGCUGACCGACCCGUCGGUGACAAACCUCACCCUCCAAUCACAUGACAGUGCCAUGGGCAAGGGGCGGGGCCUGCCUCAGGGCAUGAACGUGACCUUUGACCCUCAGAGAGGAGCCCUGAUCCGAGACCUGCAGAUGUCCUUCACAGGACACUAUGUUUGUUCAGGCUGGAAGGACGGACAAGAGUUCAGAUCCAAACCUGUCAACCUGCUGGUUUCCCGCAGGCUGCGUCUGUGUCAUCCUCCAUCUCUGUCCAUCAGUCAGGAUGAGUUUGUCCGUCUGGAGGGAGAGACGUUCGAGGUCACCUGUCUGGCCAGGAACCCAAACAACUUCUACAACCUCACCUGGACUCACCCGAACAGGAAGAAGCCCCCACACGUCUUCGUCAGCUGUCUCCAUGGCAACUGUCUGAACAAGAACAGCACUCUGAUGGUCUCUGAUGUCACUCUGAUGGACAGCGGCACCUACACCUGUACUGCUCACAACGAGGCUGGAGUCGCCACAGCAACCACGCAGCUAAGAGUUGUGGAUCAACCCUACCUGAGGAUCUACCUGCAGGCUAAUGCUAACGCUAAGACCACGGAGGCCAACGAGGAACUGGUGGCUAACGUUAGCAGCAUACUGAUGGAGGUGAAAGAAGAGCUAGCAGCUAACGUUAGUAGUGAUUCAUUGGAGGUGAACGGGGAGCUAACUGCUAAUGUUAACAUUAGAAUGGAUGUGAAGCGGGAUAGCAGUGCUAACAUUAGUGGCAGUAGCACAGUGGAGGUGUACGAAGGUCUGGAUGUGAUGCUGACCUUUGUGAUAGAGGCAUAUCCUCCAAUCCGGAACUGGCGCUGGACGACCUCAACACACUUCAGCAACAACAGCACGGCGUACCUGGAGAGCUACGUUACAAACAGCUACAGGUCGGAGGCUAGCUUGCUGCUGCAACGGGUUCGACAGGAAGAUCGGGGUCAAUACUCGUUCCACUUUGUUAACUUGUUCUUUAACGGCUCGCAGAAUAUCAACCUCCGAAUUUACCGUUCUCCGAGUGUCGUCAUCAGUCAGGAGAAGGACAUGUUGACCUGCAGCAGCUCUGGAUAUCCACCACCAAUAAUCCUCUGGUACACCUGCGCUGGCAUCCACGACACGUGUGGAGAGGACUCCACCAAUCAGGUUUCUUCAGCUGAUGUGACCUCACAGGAGGAAGAGGAGGAAGUUAAAACACGCCUGAGUGUCCCUGUGUCACCUGGUGAUGAUGUCACUGUGGAAUGUGUGGCCUACAAUCAGAUGGGAGAGUCCCGUGACGUCUUUAACCUCCGAGAACCUGAAUGCAUCUUCACGUUGCCUCUGAUCGGAGCUCUAAGCGCCGCCGUCUUCCUCUUCCUGCUGUCGUCAGUCUUCUUUUACAAGUGGACACAGAAACCCAAAUACGAGACUCGUUGGAAGAUCAUCGAGACCACUGAUGGAAACAGCUACACCUUUGUUGACCCCACCCAGCUGCCGUACAACCACAAGUGGGAGUUUCCUCGAGACAAGCUCCGCCUCGGCGCUGUUUUGGGAUCGGGGGCGUUUGGGAAGGUCGUUGAGGCGACAGCGUACGGUCUGGGAACGAAGGACGCCACCCGAGUCGCCGUGAAGAUGCUCAAACCGAGCGCUCACUUGGUGGAACGUGAAGCUCUGAUGUCAGAGCUCAAGAUCCUCGGCUACCUUGGUUACCAUGACAACAUCGUCAACCUGCUGGGAGCCUGCACGCGAGGAGGCCCCAUGUUGAUGAUUACAGAGUACUGUAGCCACGGCGACCUGCUCAACUUCCUGCGGGCUCACGCUCAGGACUUCAUGACGUCCAUUGUGAGCGUGGACGAAUCAGAGGGGGAAGUGUUCUAUAAGAACAUGGCCGCCCAGCACGCCAGGCUCAGGAGUGAUAGUGGGAUCUCGUGUUGUUCAGAUUAUCAGGAGAUGCAGCCGGCUCUGAGUCCAGGACAAAAACAUUCAGGUAUGCAGACAGACAGUAUCUCUGUUGAAGACCUCAUGAGGUUUUCCUACCAGGUCGCUCAGGGUCUGGACUUCCUGUCCACCAGGAAUUGUAUCCACAGAGAUGUGGCGGCGAGGAACGUCCUGCUGACUGAUCAUCGUGUAGCAAAGAUCUGUGACUUCGGUUUGGCGCGAGACAUCCGUAACGACGACAGUUACAUCGUCCAGGGAAAUGCUCGUCUCCCGGUGAAGUGGAUGGCGCCAGAGAGCAUCUUUCAGUGCGUCUACACCGUCCAGAGUGACGUCUGGUCCUACGGAGUCCUACUGUGGGAGACCUUUUCUCUGGGUAAGAGUCCGUACCCUAAUGUUGCCGUGGAUACCAACUUCUACAAGAUGAUCCAAGAUGGACGCCACAUGGACCAGCCUGACUUUGCUACAGCAGACAUGUAUCAGCUGAUGAAGCUCUGCUGGAGUCUGGAGCCCACACACAGACCAACCUUUAAAACGAUCGCUGAGCUCAUCAACAGGCUCCUCCCCUCCACCAGUGACAUGUCGCCACAUCACAGCGAGCAGUUGGCGUACAGGAACAUCUGUGAGUUCAGAGAGGAGGAGGAAGAGGAGGUCAGAGGAGGAGAUGCCGUGAAGAGAGGAGGAGGAGGAGGUGGAGGAGGAGAGGAGCGAGCUCACAGAGAGUGCCAUGAGGAUGAUGAUGAUGAUGAUGAUGAUGACGACAAUGAGGAGGAGCCGAUGAUGAAGAACAUCUACCAGCUGUCCUGAUCAUUUCGUCCAAUCAAAAUGUGUCUCAGUGUCUCAUGUUGUCAUGACAGCAUCGUCACAAAGGCCAUGCCCCCUUUAGGUAAAAACAACACUGUAAAAAAGCUGCUGACAAAAAAAUAAAAAUACAGUUUAGGAUUUUGUUUCAUCCCCAAAGAGCGACGGACAUGUGAGACGAAGCCUUCAUCACACAUCAGAAUCUGGAACAGUCGGACACAGACUGAUUCAGAACAGGUGUCGGCAGUUUGUGACAUCGUUCACAAAAAAGCACAAAGAGCGAGAAAGUCUGAGGAGGACGGACAGGAAGACCAACUUUGACCAGGAAGUCAGCACAAGUGCUCUCAUCAUAACUCGUUGCUUUGUCCGUCGACUUUCACGUCUUAAUGUGACGCGCUGAGUUUCCUCUUGCAUCUGCUGCGGACAUCAUCAUGUCUUUUCAAAAUAAACUUCUGUUUCCACAGGAAGUGUUCAGUUCA